GGAAGCUCGAACUGACAGCUCCGAUUAUUUUCUCCCAAUUUAACCAGGAACAGUGGGCAAUGUGUUGGGUAACGUAUCCCAACAUUUCUUUAUUCUAAAGCCUUGUUCCAACAAGCGCACAACGACCAACCAACGCGGAAUGACAAAACCGUUCGCUAGGUUAUAAAGGGGAAUGUCACUACAGCAGCAGCCACGAGUCUGAUUCCAGAGCCUGCCGCUAUAAUGGAAACGGAAUUCAGGCCCAAUGAACCUCGAUAACUGCUGAAAUCAUCCGCGUAGGUCCCCACAGCGGAAAGACCUACCACACACACACACACACGCACACACACACACACACACACACACACACACACCUUCACCCCACUACACCACACCACACACACACACACACACACCCAUCCCCACGACCACCAUCCACACACAUCUCCCACACCCACACAUCCUACCAUGUCCAGCCCCAGUAGCAGCAGCCCCGAGCGGGAAGGCGUCGGUGGUGGGGUGCCGGUGUCCGUGGGUCGCCUGGAGAGCCUCUCGUCCCCACAGGAUGGGGACCCUCCCUCCAUGGGCAGCCCCGUGCUCAGCCCGGACUCCUCUUCCCACGAUGCCGCGCUCUCCGGACCCGCCGCCUCGCCUGCCGACUCGGAGAACCUCAGCCCCGACGAGCUAGAACUGCUGGCCAAACUGGAGGAACAGAACAGGUUACUAGAGGCGGACUCCAAGUCCAUGCGGUCGAUGAGCGGCUCGCGGCGCAACAGCGGCUCGUCGCUGGUGUCCAGCUCCUCGGCCUCCUCGAACCUGUCCCACCUGGAGGAGGACACCUGGAUCCUCUGGGGACGCAUCGUCAACGAGUGGGAUGAGUGGAGACGCAAGAAGGACAAACUGCUCAAGGAGCUGAUCAGGAAGGGGAUCCCGCACCACUUCCGGGCCAUCGUCUGGCAGUUGCUCGGCAACGCCACCGACAUGCCGGUGAAGAACCAGUAUUCGGAGCUGCUGAAGAUGUCUUCGCCGUGCGAGAAGCUGAUUCGCAGAGACAUCGCCCGCACCUACCCCGAACAUGAGUUCUUCAAAGGGCAGGACAGUCUGGGGCAAGAAGUGUUAUUCAACGUCAUGAAGGCCUAUUCGCUGGUCGACAGGGAGGUUGGCUAUUGCCAAGGUAGUGCUUUCAUCGUGGGUCUGUUGCUGAUGCAGAUGCCAGAGGAGGAGGCGUUCUGUGUGUUUGUGCGCCUGAUGCAGGAGUAUCGGCUACGAGAGCUCUUCAAGCCCAGCAUGGCUGAACUGGGCCUCUGCAUAUACCAGUUUGAAUACCUGUUGCAGGAGCAGCUUCCGGAGCUGAAUGUGCAUUUCCGCUCCCAGAGUUUCCACACCUCCAUGUACGCCUCCUCCUGGUUCCUCACCCUCUUCCUCACCUUCCUCCCCCUGCCCGUCGCCACGCGCAUCUUUGAUAUCUUCAUGUACGAGGGGCUGGAGAUUAUAUUCCGUGUGGGCAUGGCCAUCCUACAGUACAACCAGACCGACCUCAUUCAACUAGACAUGGAGGGCAUGUCACAGCACUUCCAGAAGGUCAUCCCUCACCAGUUUGACAGCUGUCCAGACAAGCUGAUCCUGAGGGCCUACCAGAUCAAAUACAACCCCAAGAAGAUGAAGAAGCUGGAGAAAGAAUACACUACCAUCAAAAACAAAGAGAUGGAAGAACAAAUUGAAAUCAAGCGGCUACGCACAGAGAACCGAUUGCUGAAACAGAGGAUCGAGACACUGGAAAAGGAGAGUGCUGCUCUUGCCGAUAGGCUGAUCCAGGGUCAGGUGACACGUGCCCAGGAAGCGGAGGAGAACUAUGUGAUAAAGAGGGAGCUGGCCGUGGUGAGGCAGCAGUGCAGCAUAGCCAGCGAGAACAUGGAGAAGGCUCAGGAGACCAUCAGAGAACUGCAACAGUCAAAGUACACUGAGGAGUUUGUGCUGGGCGUCCAGACUCAGUUGGAGCAGUCUCGUCUGCACGAGGCCGAGCUGCUCAGCGCCCUCAAGGAGAUGCAGGACAAGGUGCUGGACCUGGAGAAGAGGAAUAACUCUCUCCCGGAUGAGACUAACGUGGCCCAGCUACAGGAGGAGCUGAAGCAGGUGAAACUGAGGGAACUGGAGACACUACGCUCCUUCAGGGAGAUGCAGGAGACUGUCACCGAACUCAACCAACGCUGGCAGCACCAUACCUCCUCCAGGGGAGGGGGCCACUGGAAGGAGUCCCCAAAGAAGAAUGCCAUGAAUGAGAUGCAGGACAAGCUGAUGGGGGUCAGGCUGAGGGAGGCCCAGGCCCAGGCCGAGCUCAAGGAGGUCAAGCUGAAAGCACUGCAGCUGGAGAGCCAGAAUCAGAUCCACAGCAAGCAGUUGACCAGACACGAGCAGGAGAGUUCAGCGCUGCACGACCGCCUGCAGCACCUCACAUCCCAUAAUAAGAGCCUGCAGAGCCAGCUCAACGAGAUGAAGAGGAAGCAAUCAGAGUCCGACUGCAAGAGUAAAGAGGAGGUGAUGGCUGUGCGUUUAAGGGAAGCUGACAGUAUGGCGGCCAUGGCUGAACUCAGGCAGAGAAUCGCUGAACUGGAGAUACAGAAGGAGGAGGGUCUAAUCCAAGGUCAGUUGAACCACUCGGACUCUCGACAGUACAUCACUGAACUACGAGACCAGAUCGCAGAGCUGAAGAGUGAGAUCAGGCAACUUCGUGGGCAGCCCUCAGGCCGUGGAGGAGGAGGAGGGAAAAUGGUGGUCGGGGGCGGGGCCUAUCCGGACCUCUGCUUAACCAGCCCCGUGUCGGCAGAGGGAGACUACCUGAGCUCGGACGACGACCUCCUGCCCAGUCCGCUCAACCCGGCCGUGGUGGGCGACGUGGGACUCCGAUACUCCCCCCAGCAGCAGCAGCAGCAGCAACAGCGGCCCCUGCAGGACAGCGAGGGCAGUACGGACAGCGAGGAGGGCGAGGAGAGGCGCGGGGGGAGGCCGGACACGCUGGGCGAGUCGCCCACUCCGCGGCAGAUCUACACCAGCAUGGAGAUCUGCCCUCACAGCCAAUCAGAAGACAUAGCAUCUAUCGAAAUUCAGAGUUUUGAUCCAUCCACCCAGAAUGCUUUGCGCUCCCUCUGAACCUUCUAGAGUCUUCAUGGAGGGUUCUACUUGUUCUGUGUCUGAUUAACAUUUUUUUUGACUCCGCUACGUUCUCUGCCAAGGCUCAACAAGACACGGAGAACUGGAUACAAUGCCUGCUUCAAAACACUCACAAUCCAUGAAACGUUGUGUGUGUAAGUGUGUGUGCUUUUGUGUCUUCCUUGUGCCAUGGACAUUGCACAAAUUCACUCCACUAAUGAAUUAACUUAAAAACACUAAUGCCCUCCAUCCUCCUUGAUUGGGUCUGCAUCAUUGUCAGUCAAUCACAUCCCGCCCCCCUUCAAAAAGGAAGGCGCAGUGAUUGGUCAGUGUCUCUGUCAGAACUUUGGCGCCAUUGGUUGUUUGCCCCUUCGUGCUGCCUUGUGGAGACCCUGUUUACCCCAAAAAGACUUGGACCUGGAUUUUCUUUCUGAUAUGAUCCUUCCAUGGGAAGGGGAGUAGAGAAAGACUGUGAGUAUUUAAGGAAGAUAGAUUACAUUCGAGCGUGGACUCUUAACAUACACACAU